UUGGGAAUCAGAUAAUAUCGAUACCUCGGAGAGGCGUCCAGCGCUUGCAACGCUGAUCGCUAAGCGCAAAGCGGUUGCUGUCGCGUGUCUGAACUGCCGUAAACGAAAGACCAGAUGUAACGGCGUUGAGCCGAUGUGCGUUACUUGCAGUCAUAGAGGCAUCGAGUGCAGCUAUUCCAAGGGAGAUGGUCUGGCUGUUCUGGAAAUGGAUAUCUCCAACCUGGAAGUUGAGAACAACCAACUGCGAGAGGCACUUGGGCUUCUCUGCACACGACCUGAGCACAAUGCGCACGAGAUAUUCAAGCGUCUGCGCACGACUAACGAUCCGAUUGCUGUACUCCAAUCUGUUACGGACGCGAAGCUGCUGUUGAACAACCCACCAGCGGCCUCAAUCUAAUAGCGUUAG